UUUUUUCCAAACAAUACCCUUAUAACUACUACAAUGGCCGCAUCAAAAGAGUGCAUCUUCUUCUUAAAGGCAUUGAAACCUAGAGAGAAAGCAAACAAAUAACAAAAAUAAUGAGUGUUUUUGGGGCGAACCAAAAGAGAACGGAUUUGUCGGAUUUAGAAUACAGCGAUGCGGGAGAAUCAGGUUGGACAAUGUACUUAGACCAUUCUUCUUCUGUUUCAUUGCAUCAUUUUGAUGAUGACAAUGGAGUGACAAAACAAGAACAUGAUGAAGAUUCUUCAAUGGUGUCGGAUGCAUCAUCCGGGCCUCCUUAUUACUCUGAAGAGGCAGUCCCUGAGGAUCCCUUCCAACAAAACACACAAUAUUGGUGUAAGAGCAAAAUCAAGAACAAGAAGAAAGUUCAUGGAGAACAAGGAUAUACUGAACGAUUCAAUUCUUGCCUUGAUGACACAGCUUCUUCAUUGGCGACUGGAAAAGAAGUAUCAGCACAUAAGCAACAUCGAGAUCAAUACCAAAAAUUAGAUUAUUUCUCCCAAAGCUACUCCACAAGAAGAAUAAUUAAGGGGAAAUAUAAAUCGGGUUUCCUACAACAAGCUUCCCCGGUUGAAAAAUUUGCAUCGGAUCAUCAAGGUUAUGGUGCCAGUAACCAGAUAAAGAGAAGAGGAUAAAAGAUGGUAUUGGAUAUUAAGUAUUUUAUCAGAGAACACCCUUCCUUGAGUAUGUUGGCUAUAUGUCUUUAAGAAAACCAUGUGGGUUUCUCCUUCAUUUUUUUCUUGAUAAUGCCAUACUAUGUUGUUGUUUAUUUUUACUUUUCUCGAUAUUGCAACUAUCAAGUUAUUUUCCAUAAUAAAUAAAAAAAAUGUAAGCAACGUUUGGAACCAAAAAUCGUUGAAUGCAAAAAGAUUGGA